AUGCGUCGAGAUGAGCCUCUCUUCCAGAAGUAUUCCAAGACACUACGCACCAUCUAUGAAAAAGAGGCAUGGAAGCGAGAUCCUCACGUCGAGAGGUCGGGGGAGUUGAGAAAUACCAAGGUGUACACGCAGGGAACGCUCAAGGAGAUCGAGCGCUGCGAUAUCAUCGCGAGCAGACAGCUCCCAAUAGAAGAAACGCCCCAAUCGCAUUUGUUCCCUGGUUCCGUGGACCAAUAUCGAGAAGAGCUCUCCAGCGCGUGCAGGAUUGGCUCGGCGGUAGUCGUUGAAAGCUGCAUUAGCACGGCGAGGGUCCUCCUGGUGAAGGGCGGCGAGUAA